GGCUUCUUCACUACUUCCCUGCUUCUCUUCACCGCCGAACAGAGGAAGGAACCCCCAGAAGAAACCCGGACGACGUGAGAAGAAUCGCGCGCAGGACGCCAUCCGACAGGGGUCUGGAAAGCAGUAACCAUGGGAGAAGAGUCCCCAAACCCUAAUGUUCUCCGCCAGAAUCCAAGUUCAUGCUGGAGCAAUAUAGUAAAGAAUCCGCCAACAUCAAUUCCCCGGAUCAAAAGCCAAACAACCGCCACGAGUGAAGUCUUGGUGGAAAGUUGCAAGUCCACUAAGGGAAUAUCGGUGGCGGUUGUGGAUGCUAACGCUGUGAUCGAAGGUGGUCAAACUCUCACAACCUUUGCCGACAAGUUCGUAACGGUUCCUGAGGUUCUCGCUGAGAUUCGUGACCCUGUUUCCCGCCACCGCCUCUCAUUCAUCCCCUUCUCCAUUGACGCCAUGGAACCCUCACUCGAGUCCCUCAACAAAGUUGUCAAGUUUGCAAAGGCAACUGGUGACUUACAGGCUCUUUCAGAUGUUGAUCUUAAGCUAAUGGCACUGACUUACACGCUAGAGGCUCAGAUACAUGGAACUAAACAUCUAAGGGAACUUCCUCCUCCUGUCCAUUUGAUUAAUGUAAAGAGGUUACCGGAGAAGGACCUGCCUGGGUGGGGUUCCAAUGUUUCUAAUCUGGAAGAAUGGGAAGCAUUAGAAAAUGAAUCUGAGAAUAAAUCAGACACCAAAUCUAGGAUCCUCCCCUUGAAAGAUUUAAGUCUAAAUACUGUAUCUUCAGAUAACCAUUUUGACGAUGGCCUGGUGGGAUCUCAAGAGGACACUAAUUCAAAGAAUCAAGAUUAUGAUGGCCAUGGUAGACCUGGUAGAUAUCUGCCCCAGAAGAAAGAGAUAAGCACUGAAGGUAAGAAGAUGGUGGCCAGUGGGAUUGAUGCCUCACGGGGACAAUUUGAUGAUAAUGCUGAUGACUGGAUGCCUGCUGUAAGUCGAAGUACACACAGAAGAUACCUCAGAAGGAAAGCUAGACGUGAAUAUCAUGAGGCAUUAUCUGAGAGAGACUGUCAGCAAGAUCAGGGGAAAAGCACAGAGGAUCACAUGGUUGAGGAUAAUAAUUGUCCAGAUCUAGAGUCGGGUCAAAGCUAUGAAUAUUCACAUGCUGGAAAUGGAAUUUCGGAGAAUAAUGAGAUGAAAGAAGGGAAGAACUGUGGUGAAGAUCUUUCCUCCAUGCUAGAUGAGAUGAGGCUGGAGGAACAUUCGUUAGAGGCUCAUCAAGAAGAUGCUGCUGGACUAAAUUCUUACAAUUUGGUAAAUAAUAACAAUAGACUUAUCGCUAUCGAGGGGGAUGAGGUUGAUGUGGUCAAUGAAGUAGUAGAUCACGUGGAGGUUUCAAGCCAGACAAAUGAAACUGUUGAUGCAUCCUAUGCAGAUGAUAUUAGUAAUGAACAGAGUCUGAUGCUGAGAUCCUUGUCGGAGUCUUCAGUAGCCUGUGUAACUAGUGACUUUGCUAUGCAAAAUGUUCUUCUCCAGAUGGGCUUACGUCUUCUGGCACCUGGAGGCAAGCAGAUACGCCAGGUGCAAAGGUGGAUCCUGAAAUGCCAUGCCUGCUAUACUGUUACUGCUGAAAUUGGGAGGAUCUUCUGCCCAAAAUGUGGUAAUGGUGGCACGUUGCGCAAGGUAGCUGUUACAGUUGGUGAAAAUGGCAUUACCUUGGCUGCCCGUCGGCCGCGGGUUACACUACGCGGUACAAAAUUUUCACUUCCCGCGCCCAAGGGUGGAAGGGAUGCAAUUGCGAAAAACCUUAUUCUACGUGAAGAUCAGCUCCCACAGAAACUUCUCUACCCGAAGACAAAGAAGAAAGUGAAUAAGGAGGGGGAUGAUUUCUUUCCUUGUGAUGACAUUUUCACCCACCAUAGCGAGAAAAAGGCUCCACAUCAGGCUACGGUAAGGCAGGUAUUGGCAGUUUUCAGCGGAAAGAGGAAUCCAAAUGAUAACCAUUAUUCGCGUUCUAAGCGCGAAUAGAUUCCACCUGAAGGAAAUCUAAUGUUGGGAUAUUUACUGGUUUUUUCCAUGCCCUGCCAGCACAAACGUGAACUUGUUUGUUUGUGUUUUUC